GGCCUAUAUCUGUCUGAACCGAUCGGGCCUCACGUCUGAGUGUUUUUCCUAGAAGCCUUCUUUGAUCUUUAACUGGUCGUUUCGCCAACGAGUCAGUUCACAAUGACCUUCUCCCCAAGGCAAAUUUUGAGACUGAAGUAUAAACGCGUUCUAAUGCACUAGUUAAUUUGCAUUUGCAAAGUGAAAAGAUUUGUUUCGCGAAUGAUCGUGAGAGACGAAGACGAAUUGACAUCAAGCAAAGAGAGAGUUAUUAAACAGCUUAACGAGGCAUGCAGGACAGGAAACCUUGACACACUGCUGCAAGCAAUCUAUUGUCAUCGUGAUAUUGUGCAGGACCUCAUUUGUGGACAAGAAUUAGCAGAUGAUGACUAUCCUUUACCUAGAGAUUUUCUACAUAUUGCUUGUGAGAAUGGACACUUAGAUGUUGUGCGUCAGCUUGUAGAUUUCGGAGCAGAUGUCAAUCAAAUAUCAGAUGAGAAAGGAACACCUUUAUGUGUUGCCUGCAUGGAAGGGCAUGCAGACAUUGCACAAUUUUUGAUUUCAAAAGGUGCGUUAGUGCACGACCCUGCGCUGGGAAACUCUUCACCUAUUUUACUUGCCUGUAAAUCUGGAAAGUCUGAAGUUAUGGAGUUUUUACUGUCAGAGGAGCCCCUUCUUUUGCGGACACAUGGACAGGUGCUACUUUACGAGGCUUGUAGACUUGGACAUGCCCAGGUCGUGAGAUUGUUGAUCAAGAAGGGUGUGGAUGUGGACCCACCUCAAACGCUGUUAGACUCUCAGGGUAGCCGAGUACCAGGGAGUCCUCUUCAAGGUGCUUGUGUUGGUCGGCAGACUGCAAUUGUGAAUUAUCUCAUAGAAAACGGUGCUAAUGUGACGUGUGACAUUGUGGAUAAAUACUGGGAAUUGAUUGGAGAAGCACUGAUGAGGUACACAAAGGAAACUAGAAACAAACGCAAAACAACACUGUCAUUCGAAGUUGAUCCAUCAGUCACUAUGUUUUCUGCAGCAUGGAGCAGAAAAAAUCUGUACGCACUUCACAAGGCUUGGUUCGUGAACCUGUCUGCAAGACUUGUGAGUGUUGACUUGUCAGAAAACAACCUUGAAGAGCUUCCAGAUGAGCUGUUUAACAUUCUGCCUGCCUUGGAAGUGCUUGACGUGUCCAAAAAUAAACUAGAAUACUUACCAGAAGUUAUAAGCAGCUAUACAAGAAUACAAAAACUGACUGCAAACAACAACGAGUUGAGAUUCGUGCCGGCGGCAAUACUACAGAUACCAACUUUAAAGAAGCUGAAUCUCGCGGGAAACAACAUCACUUCCUUGUCCGGCGACCCAGAAGAAAGCGACGAAAACUCAAACAUGGCCGACAGUGAAACAUGGGGCUGUACAGCCCUGAAGGUCCUUAACUUGUCGAACAAUAAGUUAGAGCAUUUACCACGAGGAAUUCAGGGAGCCCUCGGGUUGACAAAGGUUUUGGUCGACAACAAUAAAUUGCGAGACUUUCCCAUGCCUUGGAAAUGUCCUUUGGAAAGCCUCGAUCUGUCCCACAACGAUUUUUCCCAUUUUACCUGCAACAUGGAAAUGGUGUGGGCAUUCUCUUUGAAGCGACUUAACCUUUCAAACAACCAUCUGGGAAGCAUUUCUUGGAACGUGUGUCAAUUAUCAAGUCUCCAAGAUCUGGAUCUAAGUCACAACGCCUUAAGGCAACUACCCAAUCCAGAAUUCUGGAAAAGUACCACUUUACACAAGCUAAACCUCUCCUAUAACAAGCUCUCCGCGAAACCCCUAGUGGACUCACAAGCUGGCUCUCCAAAGCGUUUUCCGUUCUUCAGAAACACCGGACAAGAGGAUGCUCAAAACAUCAAGACGGAUUGUGAGCUCCCGUCUGCUUUGUUCUCUCCCACGCUAGAAACACUUUUGUUAAACGACAACAACUUGCAAGUGGUGCCCUUGAGUAUUUGUGGUCUAAUGAGCCUCAUUGAAUUGGAUUUAAGCAAUAAUCCUGACAUGCGAACACUUCCUCCUGAACUUGGCAACUUGCGUGAGUGCUGGCAACUUAGAUUAAACAAGUUAAAUCUUCAAGGGAUCCCGAAGCACGUGAGACCAGGUGAAAAUGGUGUUCGAUCUAAAGACACUCUAGCUUAUUUACGAGCUACUCUGCGCAAGUCAGUGCCGUAUUACCGUAUGAAGCUUAUGGUGGUAGGGCUGCAGGGGCGCGGAAAGACAACCCUGUUAGCUGCUUUGAAAGGUCAGAAGCUGCCACCGAAUCUAUCCACUGUGGGGAUUGUAAUCGAUGAAUGGCAGGUUCAGGUGGCUUCCAGUUCAAGGUUCACGUUACAGCGCUUCUUAACACAGAGUGACGCGCCAUUGAUAACAUUCAGCACCUGGGAUUUGGCGGGACAAAAUGUGUAUUAUGCCGCGCAUCAAAUGUUUCUCUCGCCAAACACUCUCUACCUGGCUGUGUGGAACGUGACGCACGGAGAAGAAGGAGUGGAGAGUCUGCGGCGCUGGCUUCUAAACAUACAGGCUCGCGCUCCCUUUUCCGAAGUUCUGAUCGUCGGCACGCACCUCGACUUACUGCCGAAGAAGAACCGACAAGCCCGCGUCGAUGCAUUGAGGCACAGUCUCGCGGUGAAGUAUCUGGACAACCAAGGGUUUCCGAAGAUUGUCGGAAAUAUCGUCGUGUCUCCGACCACUGGCGAGAACAUCCAAGAGCUGAAGGAACUGAUUUACAGUAAGGCGCUGAAAGUGAAGGAUCUCGGAGAAAAUAUCAUUGGUAGGAGGGUCCCACAAAGCUACACAGACCUACAGCAGGCUGUCAUACAAGAAGCUGAGCGGCGAAGAUCCACUGGUGAACCGCCAAUACUGCUGGAAGAUGAAAUCUUGCAACUCGCUAAGUCCAGUCCACAAAACGACAUCUUGGACACAGAGGAGCUGACGCUAGCUACCAGGUUUCUUCAUGAGAACGGCAUCCUACUUCACUACAAUGACCAGCUUCGUGGUUUAAACCAUCUUUAUUUCAUCGAUCCAACCUGGGUUUGUGAUCUUAUCGCUACUCUGGUCACAAUUCGAGAGAGAAACCCUUUUAUUGUGAACGGCGUUAUGAAGAAAAAAGACUUGGAACUGGUGUUGAGAGACCCCAAGUUUCCCAAGGAUUUUAUCCCACAGUAUCUGCAGCUAAUGGAGCGUUUCGAGAUCGCGCUCUCCUUGAACGACGAACAGCUCUUAGUUCCAUCCAUGUUACCAAAAGAGAAACCUGGAAUGCAACUUCAUCAGCUUCAAAAGUUAAUCGCCAAGAAAAGGAAGUCUGUCGAUAAGGUUAAGUUAUCCAGCAGUCGGGGUAGUUCAUACGAUAGUAGAAGCAUCAGCACAGUGCGCAGAAACUACCAGAUGGCCUACACACCGAGCGGGUUCUGGAGCCGACUCAUUACCAGGCUCAUGGUGUCGGUUCAACGAUGGCGCGCCAUUGAGCAGAUCAAGGAAGAGAGCUAUUCGUUGGUUUAUUGGCGCGAGGGGAUUGGGGUCGUGUACGAAGGCGGGCAUUUCCUGGUGGAAUCUUACAAGGAGUUGAUCCCUGUCAACCAAGGGAAGGCUGCCUUUCAAGAAAUCAACGGCGUUACCAUCAGUGUCUGGUCAGACCAACGCGACUUCUCUUCUCUUGGUUUCAUUGUCGACCAAGUUGACGCUCUCAUCUCCGAAUGGUAUCCAGGUUUGGACGAGAUGGACAUGUAUGGGCUGCCAUUAGUUCGCCGUUUUAUCCCUUGUCCACUCUGCACAAACAUGAUGACGCAGCGUCAUUCAAUGAAGCGAUCCGUUUCCAUGGAGUUUCCCCCCAAUUUCCACGCGGCGCAGCCUCCACGACCGUACAGCUUCACGCUCCCGACAUGCGCUGCGACAGCACUGAAUUUUGAAACAAUUGCCUGUCCCUACCACCCUGAUAAAGUUGUGUCGCUGCAGCACCUAAUCCCAGACCUCCUGAUGGCGGAUCUGCCGCGUCAUUUAUUGGUGGAUCCAAGCCAGUUCAAGUUCGAAGCGAGAGAAUCUCAGAGAAUUGGCGGUGGGGGGUCGGGUGAGGUGUAUCAUGGGACCUACCGCAACGAGGCUGUAGCUGUUAAAACAUUUCAUUCUACGACACAGGCUGGUUCUCUCCUAGAUAGCGGACUUGGGAAUACUGGGCCGUCAUCCGGAUCCAGGACUUUAGGCUCUUUGCAUUCACGGGCGCAUCGAAGUGAGGGCUCGAGCAUGCGCAGAUCAGAAGUUUUAUCCGUGUUCUCUGAGGGUGACAUGGAGGAGGAACUGGAGAAGACCAAGGUUGUCAAAGCAUUCUGGGACUUGCGUCAAGAGGUUGCUGUCCUAUGCCGUUUGAAUCACCCUUGUGUAGUUCGGCUUCUUGCUGUCUCCCUCCACCCUCUGUGCUUUGUGUUAGAGCUUGCUCCGUAUGGCAGCUUAGCUACAGUUCUUGAUGAACUUUCGUCCAAACGCGAAGCUCUAGAAACUGAAGGAGGGGUAGUGUCCAGGGCCAGGGAGGCCAUACUUGGCCGUGAGCUGUCGUAUAAGAUCGCAUAUCAGGUCGCCAGUGCUAUUUGGUAUCUUCACGACUGUGACAUCAUCUAUCGGGAUCUCAAAGGCGACAAUGUGUUGGUAUGGUCACUAGACGAGUCAAGUCUACUGAACGUAAAACUUUCCGAUUACGGUAUCUCCUGCUUUGCCACCCCCCAGGGGGUUGCCGGAGAGGAAGGGACGCCCGGCUAUCAGGCACCGGAGAUUCGCACCGGGGUUGGAUAUGAUGAAAAGGUGGAUAUUUUCUCCUUUGCAAUCUUUGUGUUUGAGCUUUUGUCUGGAAGUCGCCCUUUUCGUGAAUACCGCAACAUUAUUGACAUAAAGAAGGCUAUUCGACGAGGAGUCCGGCCAUCGCUUGAAUCUUGUGAUCUAGAUACACAGAUACCACGACUUGAAGGUCUUAUGAGGUCUUGCUGGCAUCAGUUACCGGAGAAACGGCCUCCUGCCAGCGAGAUAUUGCAGCUGAUGGAGGAACCUUCGUUCUUGUGUCAAUGUCGACUCGUGCCUUCAACCAGCGAAGGCUUGCUGGAGAAAGUUACAACGAUUCAUGGCCUAUCGCUGGCUGGCACUGGUAAUCCUAUGGCUUCCCAGGCCAACGACAGUCCCUCGACCGAAACUACAUCCGGCUUUGUGUUACUAUGGAGUCGAGAACGUGAAAACCGUUACUACAGUAUGGUGAACUGCGAAACAGGAGUGUUCUAUACGCACGAACAAAAAUGUCCCGGUCACAGAGUGCUGUGUAUGACCAGGGUGGGCAAUCGGACCUGGCUGGGAACGGAGGGGUGCACAGUGGAGGUGUUCGGACGCAGGUCCUGGCGUUUGCCUUCAACUCUGUGGUCCUAUAUUACUAAGGCCCCAGUUCUGGCACUGUUGACAGAAUAUGCGCCUUCAGAAGCCGAUUCCUUUGAGACGUCAGAACCACAGAGUGAAACAAUAGUUAAAAAUGUGUACGCGUCCCUUGCGAAUGGCACUCUAGUGGUGUUCACUCCAAAGACGGCCUCCACCGCACGGAGGUGCUCACACAAUGAUGUCACCUUGGUACAAAAGGAGGAAGACGAGCAGCUGAUAAGAGAGAGCGACAAAUGGUCCAACCUUCAGGUCGUCAAUCUUGGCCAACACGGAAUGCCCGCUAAAAGCAUGGUCCUUGUACGUGACAACAAGGAAUUGUGGGUCGGAUGCGGUAACAAAAUCGUCAUAGUCGAUACCAGCACGCUGGUGUUACUGGACGAGAUUGCUGUGUACCAGACUUCGAGGACACAUGUUCGGAUCAUGGUCACCGAUGGCUUGCGAGUGUGGAGUGCUGACAGAAGAUCGACGAAGAUUUUGCAAUGGGCUGUGAGUAGUCGUCAGCUAACGAAUAUUUUCGACUGCGAUUCGGAUAGCCCCGUAGGUGUUGUGUUAAGCACAGAUGUUAAGGACUCCCGUCGUUUCUCCACUGGGGCGGAAAGUUCUAGGCGCAACCAAGCAGUUAGUGACCCUCCUGGAAAUCUUAACCCGUCUUACACGGAGGCCAUGUUCAGGGAAGCGAUGGCGUCUGAAGGGAACCCCGAAGGCGACGGAAGGGAAUCUACGCGCCGAGAUGACUCGCUUCCUCGUAAAGUUGCAUCAUCCUCUAGUAUCGAUCUUAAGGUUAAAAGAAGCGGCACCUUUGAGAGUUCCGAAGAUAGCGAUUCGAUAUCAUCAACUCAGAGUCCACCGGUUACAAUCCCUGGUUCCAAAGCAAAGUUUUUCAAUGAGAAAGAGACGGAGGAAAGCAUUUUGUCUCGUUUUCGCUCUCUAUCAGCGGAAACCCACUCCAGUGGUGACAGUGGGGUGUCUUCUGUCAGCACGACCAAAAGUAACACAGCGAACCCAAAUACGACAACUACUUCGGGUGCAGCUCGGAUUGCUGCUGAAGAUUCACGAACUGACGAGGAUUCUACUUCGGUGACUUCCGGAAACGUUCCGAGCGUCAAGGUGUCCGUUGACCUCAGUGAAAGCAUUAUUGAGCAGGAGAGAGAAUCAAAUGUAGGCGCAACUUCGAAGGAUAAGACCAGUGAUGAGUCAUCUGCGGUUCUAGCUGCUGGAAGUGGUCAAUCAAGAGGCCAAGAAAUACGAGUUACUUUAGACACAGAAGGUAAUUCCACCUCGAAUUUCGCCGAAGAUCGGAACAAAACCCAACAAGAUCUCGGUGAAGAUAAGUCGAGGAGCCAAACCGGCGAGGCUCAUGAAGAAGUUGAUGACAGCAAAGACCGCGAUCAGGGUGAAAGUGAGUUUGAGCUUGUAGAUCGUGAAGAGACUCGUCAAGCCUUCAUCGAAGGUAGUAGACGAAGCGCUCAUCUGGAAAGCGCAAGUGCGCAACAGUGCGCAUCUAUGGCGUCUCUCCAAUUGUCUUUCAGUUCUCCUUCACGCGCUCCGUCGCUGAUGAGUUCAAAGAGACGAAAAUCGCAGCGACGGCAGGCAAACGAAGACAACAAAUCGCCCCCUUCCAAACCUUGGGCAGCGAGGCCGAGGUUACGCAUACUCGCGGGCUCAAUAAAUCGGGUGACGUCGCUUCUGUUGGUGAAUGGCUCGUUGUGGAUUGGUCGAGGAGUUGGUGACGUGUUAACAGUGAACGUGAAUUCGGCCAAUAACGACCUUCCAUUAGGUUACGUCUUUGCCCAACUUGAAAGCGACAAUCUUCUAGGUUACGAAAAUGGUCAAGUGGAUGAAAUUGUCAACAGCGGCACCAACAAGGUUGUUUGCCUUCGACGACUUGAGCCCACGCGACAGAACGCGGCCAGUGAAGAUCGCUUUACGGAGCGUUACCAGAUAGUCGUGUGGGAGGCCUGGGGCGACUUGGAAUUUAGAAAAUUCACGAGGCAGUUGAACGAAUUCAACUCUUUAGUUGAGUAAUAGUUUUUGUGUGUGAUCAAGUUGCUGUUAGUUUGAGUUGAGAUCCGGAUACAUGGAGGGACAGCACUUCCCCUAAUUAGACUAAGCUAAAUUAACUGGGCUUUUAGAACACGAAGCUUUGGAUAACAAAGAGGGUAAACAAAGCUAUUGUAGAAUCGCCCGAUGUGUGAUAGACGAUUUGAAAGCCGAACAUACCUGCUUAGACAAACGUAAGCACGCAAAGACCAAGGGAUUAAGUUUAGGUUGUAGAAAUGUUUAAACAAGAGUAGGGACGACUCUAAAUUUUACGGAGGACAUCAAAACAAAUCCAUCUUUUGAAUGUGUGGAUUUGUAUGUAUACAUUUCAAUCCCCAGCAACCUUACCCAUAUCUGUUCCUCCAUCAUUACCUACUAUUAUCAUAUGGCUAGCUCUGCAAGUGGGUAAUAUGGACCAAAUCCUGCACUAUGAUUGGCUACCCAAGUGGACAACAAGGGACCAUCUUGCCCGCUCGGGAAUACCCACUGCAUCUCGCUAGAAAAUGGUGUUCUUUAUGCUAUGUAAUGAAUCUUAAAUUGUUCAAGCUUGGUCGGCAAAGAUCGCUCGAUAUUUCCCUCGUGGUCAAUAUCUAGCCAUCUUGACCUGACGCUUGUUCAAUAACCCAUACAUUUUCUUGCGUAUAUCUUUAUAGCUGAGAAACUACUUGAAGGUUUCCCCCGGCCUUUAAAACUAAAUUUCGUAUGAUCCCCUCGUUUGAAUUUGAUCAACUAGAAAGUUGCAAUUCCCGACUUAUAAAAACAUUUUACUUGUUAUGACAUAACUAUGCAUUCGUUUGUAAAACGUAUGUUGUUAUUAGAGACUUUCGCUCAACUAAUCAAUCAGCCAGUUCGUGUUUUGUAGAUUUUUGUAGAUACUAAAUACUUUAAACCGUUUCAUUUUUAAACUAGAUAUUUAAUAUGCAAUGAAUCUAAUUUUGAGAAACUAGUUAUAGAGAAUUUUCGUAGAAACAGAAAAUAAGAUACACGUGCAAUUUGCGAGAUCUUUAGAUAAAAUACCAAAAAAGAAAACAGUGCUUGUAAAGGGUCACAUAAGGACUUUUCUCAUAAGUAGUCGAUUGGUAGGUUAUCCUCAUUGGUUUCAUUACAGGUCUUAUAGUUCUAGUAAGGAGAAUUAAGAUUUCUCAUUGGUGAUUUGCCCCGUUUAAGCUUGUAUUGUUGAAAUAAGAUGUUAUCGCCCUGAAGAUGACAUAAUGACGAAAACUUAAGGUUUUUGACUAACGUUAGUUUCUACCCGGGUUGGAGUGGGCUCACAAAAGUGAUCUUUAAAAGGUCUGUGUUUUUACUCGUGCUUGUGUGUUUGUGGGUGAUUAUGUUACUUGCAAAAAUGAUCUUUAAAAGGUGAUUGGUUUAGGCACAAAAUGAUCUUUAAAAGGUGAUUGUGUUAUAUAUGAUUGUGUUAUAUACAAAUUGAUCUUUAAAAGGUCGCUAUUUUUAGUCAGUUGUGAAGUCACUUAAUUUUAGAUACAAACUAAUCUGGUAAAAGUUCUUGUUAGGUAAUUGCGUUACACACAGUCACGCUGUUGUCUGGGGAUUCUAUAGGUCACGCUAUUUUAAAUAGCCGUGCAUAUAAAGGUCUAUUUUUAGUCGAUUCGUGGGUCACGCUAGUUAAAAUGAUGUUUAAUAGGUGAUUUGCACAAUGCCGUCAUUUGACUACAACUACCAGGUGUCAUUUAGCCAAAUGACGACGUCCUGCAAGUCUACAAUGGAAAAAGCCACUCUCAUCGUUAAAUGAUAAAAUACCAUAAUUUGCUCGAUUACGCUAUUUUCAAACAAGAAACUUACGAUUAUGUGAUCAAAAUAAUAAAAAAAAAAAACAGCAAUUAAGAUGAGAACUUCCUCAAUAUUAACUUGUUUGAAUCUUUUCAAAAAUAAACUCGUAAGUAUG